CAGGUCACAGGUAUUGUAGUGUGCGUACAUAUAGAACGCGCAGUAGAGUCCUCCUUGAGGGCAGCAAUAUCGCGUUUUUUUCUUUCGUUUUUCUUUGUAUAUGGCUGUUUAGUGAUUUUUUCUAUUCGAAACCGAGAGAAGACUGGACUGCAAAAGUAAAGUCAGCCACUACAUCGUAAAACGCAUCGUAUUGCAAAACCAGCGGAGUAGAAACAGGAAAACGUGUGCUCCCUGAGGAUUUUCUAUUGCCAAACCACAAUUUGAGGCUUUAUAGUUUUCGUUUCGAUUUGCAAAACUCGGAUAGUUUAAGGCAAGAAGCUCAGUGGAAAGGUUACUGCUAGGAGUAACAGAGGUUUUUAAAACUGUUCAUUGGGCAGAGCUUCUCUGGCAAAAAAUAUUUACUGUUAGGAAUCUAAAUCAAAAUGGAUUGUCCCCAUAUUUGUGACAAUGUUGUACUUCGGAAGGAUUCAGUGAAAAACCUGAAACAGGCUCUUUGUGGGGGUCUUUCCGCAGCUGCGCCACACGGAACCGGAACACCUCCAGCCAACUCACCAGCUCUAUCAGGAAUAUCGAAAUUAUGGAAAUGUUCAGAAUGCGCCGGCAAAGACAACUGGAUGUGCCUACAGUGUGGAUCAGUUCUCUGUGGCAGAUAUGAAAGUGGACACGCGUUGAAACAUUCAUCAAAACAGAAUCACAAUAUUUGUAUCAAUACAGUUAAUCUGUCUGUUUACUGCUAUAAGUGUGACGAGUUCGUGGUUAACGACACAUCCGACAACGUGAUUGAAGAGAUCCGUAACGAACUUAAGGAUGGAGAUGCCGACAGUGUAUCGGAGACAUCGUCCACCAUGGAGGAAAUAAGUUCAUCCAAAUCGGCGCAGGAAACAGCCAGCAGCACAUCAUCAUCGAGCGAUUCGGGAUGGGAAGAACCGACAGCACCAUCGUCGACAGUGUCCAGCUCUUCGUCCAUUGGCGCUCUUAGUGGUCGUAAAUUGCGACCACGCAAGCGAACGAUUUCCAGCGACAGUAACAAUGAAAACGGCACUGGCACCACUAAGCGCAAAUCGAUACGACGCGUUGUUGGACUACGUAAUUUGGGAAAUACGUGUUUCAUGAAUUCAGUAUUACAAUCGCUGAGUAACAUUCAGGAGUUUAGUUGCUAUUUUAACGCAAUGCCGUCACUGGAAACGAGCAAACACAAGCAGAAGUCGUAUCAUUCGCGUAGUAUGAAAGAAAACCUAGACGAUGUGUUCGUAGUGGAAGAACUACGAAAGGUCCUGCUAAAUCUUAGCCAAGGUGGCGAUGGAUCUAAAGGCGCUAUUUCGCCGGAAUGUUUAUUUCUGGUGAUUUGGAAAGUUGUGCCCCAGUUUCGGGGCCACCGGCAACACGAUGCCCACGAGUUUCUUCGCUACAUGCUGGACCGAUUGCAUACGGAACUGCAGCAGGUCUCGAUUCCGGUUGACAUGUCCAGCACGCUGGCCUCGAAAGCUGGAGAAACGAAACCCAAUCCAUACAACGUGCCGGCGUUAAGUCAUCUGCAAGCGAAGGGACGUAGUUCUAUAGUAACGAAUGUUUUCGGCGGGGUACUGCAAAGCGAAGUCCGUUGCUUAAUUUGUGGUAUGGAAAGCAAAAAGCAUGAUCCAUUCCUUGAUCUGUCGUUGGACAUUCCGGAGAAGUUUUACAAUAAGGACCCUCCUGAAGAAAGUGGGAAAGAAAAGGAUGGAAGUGUGCCGAUGUGCAACAUUUCUGACUGCCUGUCGAGUUUUACAGAGGUCGAAGAACUUGCUGAAACAGAACUCUAUUACUGUAAUUCUUGUAAAUGCAAACAAAAAUCUACGAAGCGUUUUUGGAUUCGAAGAUUGCCAAAUGUUCUGUGUUUGCAUAUCAAACGAUUCCGGUGGAAUAACUUCUACAGAACUAAAAUCGACCUGAGGAUAUCGUUUCCCAUCAAAUCGCUGGAUAUGUCCCAGUUUGUUUUAAACAAUGGCCCGGAAACGAGGCGUUCGAAUUCCAGCUGCAAUGUGUAUGAUCUAGCGGCAGUUAUAGUACAUCAUGGUAAUGGUUCCAGCUGUGGUCACUACACUUCGUAUGCAAUCAACAAUGGUGUGUGGAUGCAUUUUAAUGAUCACACGGUAAAGGAGGUGAACAGUGCAGCUGUGGCUGAAUGUAAGCCUUACAUUCUGUUCUACAUCAAACGGGAUACGACCAGCGGAAGUCGGCUGUCCCUUGGGGAACCCGCUGUAAGUGGUGCGUCUUGAGAUUAAAUUUAUAUUUUAAGACUGAUUAAUAUAGCGCAUAACAAGCAGGCUGCAAAAGAAACAGACGAACACGAAACACUGCAGAAACCUGGUUUUCAUUCUAAUUGGGGAGUUUUCUGUUCUAAAAGUUAAAAUUUCACAACAGGCAGAACUGAUGGACAAAACGCUAAAAACUAUUGUGGACAAUGACACAAAACUAAAUCAAUUUGAUCGAAGCUGUAAAAAAAUGGUUAAACCCUUCUGGUUGAAAAUUGGCCCGAUAUUCGGUUGCAAUUCUCUGGUAACAGGGAUGCUUGUUCAUAGUUCUGGUUUAGCAACCCUUUGGAAUUACUUCCCAUUACACAAGAUUACAUGUGAUAAAUUGAAGCAUUUUAGCAUAUUACUUCUUUCUACUAAAACUCGUAUGAUCCUCGUAGAACCAGUCGUUUGGAAGUGCGAAUGUAUGUUUCUUUUAUGCUUAUUUGUAUAAAUUAUGGUCAUCAAUAUUAGCACAUUUCGUAUGCGAAAAUAUCGCCUGAUUGCAGAUUUUUUUGUUCCAACACUAUUUUUUUAUCAUCUGAACUUUUGUAAAAGUUCUCAGAUUCUCAAAGAGGCCGCUGCGUUUUUGUGAUGUUUUAUCUCUAGUUUUAGCGUGUAUUUUAGUGCUAUAACUUUGUUUUAGAAGACAUCCCAGUUCAAAGAUUUAGUUCGCUCAAUGCAAUAUUGUUCCACGCUGUGAAUAAAAAAAAACAAAUAAUCUGACUUUAAGUAGCGUUAUGUUUUUUGUUCAAAAUCAUGCCAUGCCCCCUCCCAUAGUGUGAACUAUUGUGAAUUUUUCGUGCAAACCACACCACAGCGUUAUUUGGGGCGGUAGGUGUGGAAGAGUUCUUGGAAAAAACUUGGAAGCACACACACACACAGACACACAAAAGUUUAAAAUGCAAACAUCUAAAAAUAAGCAAAAGUAACAAUUCAUUUUUUUUUUUGGAAUACUACUGGUAAUACACUGAAUAUCACUAUGCAACCAAACAAAGAGAAAACAGAUGCAAAACAAAUGAAACCUAUACGAUGGUGGAGCAACAGAGUACGAAAGAUAUAAUUAUAUUAAUGUAAUUAAUAUAUUAAGGAAUAAAUUUCUUUAGCUAUCAAUAUAGAAACAAAUAUGAACCAAA